AUGUCAAAUAUUGGACUACAGAUCCGUCAGGCUGCCCCUUCAAUUGAUCCAAUUGUUGCAGAUUAUGCUGUGGGUUAUAUCAACCAUGUCCAACACUCCACAACGGAUAGUGUCCUAUCUCAACAGUUGAACAUUGAACAAGAAAUAUCAUUCAUUUCUGAUCUUUUAAGAAAUGCUGGUGGUGAUGAUACUAAAAUAUCCAAAUUAGCUGACACUUUAACCUCAAAAUUGGGUGAAGAAUUGAAACAAAAUCAAUCAAAAUUAGAAUUAACUGGUGAUACAUCCAAGAGAUUAUUAGAUAUUAAUCUAUUGAAAAACCAUGCAAGUAAAAGAAAUAUUAAUACAAGUUUGUCAUUAUUAGGUGUCACUAGAGAUAUUGAACAUACUGGGAGACAUGUUGAAUCAAAAGUUGAUAAGAAAAAGUUGGAAAAAGCUGAAAGAAAAAUUGCAGCUAAAGUUGCCAAAAGAAAUAAUCAAUUUGUUCAAUAUGAAGCUUCAAAAUUAAUUAAUGAUUCUCAAGAAGAAAAUUAUGAUGAAUUCUUCUUGAAGAUUAAUCCAAUUGAAUUUGGUUCAGGUGCUGGUAAAUCAAAAGAUAUCAAAAUUGAUACAUUUGAUCUUUAUGUUGGUGAUGGUCAAAGAAUCUUGAGUGAUGCCCAAUUAACUUUAUCUUAUGGUCAUAGAUAUGGUCUUGUGGGUCAGAAUGGUAUUGGUAAAUCUACAUUAUUAAGAGCUCUAUCCAGAAGAGAAUUGAAUGUUCCAAAACAUAUAACAAUUUUACAUGUGGAACAAGAAAUUAGAGGUAGUGAAAUCACAGCACUUCAAUCCGUUUUAGAUGCUGAUGUUUGGAGAAAACAAUUAUUAACAGAGGAGAAGCAACAUAAUGAUCGUAUUGCAGAAAUUGAAAACCUAAGAUCUCAAUUCGAGGAAGAGAGUUUAGAAGUUAAGAAAUUGGAUAAUGAACGUGAUGAUUUAGAAUCUCAUUUACAAGAAAUUGCUGAAAAAUUAUAUGAAAUGGAAUCAGAUAAAGCUGAAUCAAGAGCCGCUUCAAUCUUGUUUGGUUUAGGUUUCACAAAAGAAUCUCAACAAAGACCAACAAAUUCAUUUUCUGGUGGUUGGAGAAUGAGAUUAAGUUUAGCAAGAGCAUUGUUUUGUAAACCUGAUUUAUUAUUAUUGGAUGAACCUUCCAAUAUGUUGGAUGUUCCUUCCAUCACUUAUUUGGCAAACUAUUUACAAACUUAUGAAUCCACUGUGCUUGUUGUUUCGCAUGAUCGUGCAUUCCUAAAUGAAGUUGCCACUGAUAUUAUUCAUCAACAUUCUGAAAGAUUGGAUUAUUACAGAGGUGCUGAUUUUGAUUCCUUCUACUCCACAAGAGAAGAAAGACGUAAGAAUGAUUUACGUGAAUAUGAAAAUCAAAUGGCUUAUAGACAACAUUUGCAAACUUUUAUUGAUAAAUUUAGAUAUAAUGCAGCUAAAUCCUCUGAAGCUCAAUCAAGAAUUAAAAAAUUGGAAAAAUUACCAGUAUUAGAACCUCCUGAACAAGAUAAAGCUAUUACUUUCAAAUUCCCAGAUCCAGAAGGUUUAUCACCACCUAUUGUUCAAUUGAAAGAUGUUUCAUUUGGUUAUAGUUCAAAUGAUUUAUUAUUAAACCAUGUUGAUUUAGAUAUUCAAAUGGAUUCUCGUGUUGCUAUAGUUGGUGCUAAUGGUUGUGGUAAAACUACAUUACUGAAAAUUCUUAUGGAAACUUUAUCUCCAUUAGAUGGGUUUGUUUCCAAGAAUCCAAGAUUAAGAAUUGGUUAUUUUGCACAACAUCAUGUUGAUUCGAUGGAUUUAACCACUUCAGCCGUGGACUGGAUGUCUAAAACUUAUCCAGGUAAAACUGAUGAAGAAUAUAGACGUCAUUUAGGUUCAUUUGGUAUCACUGGUACUUUAGGUUUACAAAAAAUGCAAUUAUUAUCAGGUGGUCAAAAAUCAAGAGUUGCUUUUGCUGCAUUAUGUUUAAAUAAUCCUCAUAUCUUGAUUAUGGAUGAACCUUCAAAUCAUUUAGAUACUGCUGGUUUAGAUGCUCUAAGUGAUGCUUUAAAGAACUUCAAAGGUGGUGUCUUGAUGGUUUCACAUGAUGUUAGUGUUAUAAAUACUGUUUGUAAUGAAAUUUGGGUUAGUGAAGAUGGUACUGUGAAGAAAUUCCAAGGUACUAUUUAUGACUAUAAGAAGUACAUCUUGGCUGCUGCUGAUGCUUCAGGUGUUGUUAAAAAACAUUGA